AUGGACAAUCAACUUUCAGCAAGCAUACAAACUGCACAGUCAGAAGUAAAUGAGAAAACCCAAAGAAGGGAUUCUAUCAAAGUUUCUAUUGAAAAGCAGAAGGUGAUAUGUAAUGAAUUCUGGAAGAAAUUUGAAGAUGAAAAAGCUGAAGACAGAACUGCAAGAGCUGCAGUUAGUGCCAAACUCCAACAGAUGGAGUCACUCCAAUUAAUGUUAAACAAGCUGAAAAAUGUACAGUCCAUUGAGGAACUUGAUGCCAAGAUACAAUCAAUGGAAUUUGAUCUUCAGCAUGUAACCAUGCCACUGAAAGAAGAAAAGAAAUAUAUUCAUGAUCUUAAACAGUUAAGGCAACAGCGAGACCAACUCACUUCUAAUAUGGGCUCAAUUACUGAAAUGGAUGAGGCAUUUGAUCAAAAGGAACAGAUUGAUGAGCGAUUUAAUCUUUUGAAGAAGGAAUUGGAUUCUCUUAGAACUGAGGUGCUGCGAACUGAAGCAAAUGCAAAUGUUGCCAGGAAGAAGUAUGAUGAGGAACAACAAAUUUUGAGAGUUCUUCGUCAACAAUUCAGGGAUGCUGAUGCUCUUCGCCAAAAAGCAUAUGGACAAUGGCGAGAACUUAAAAACAUGGUAACUGAAAGGGAAAAAGAAAAGGGAUACCCUCCAUCACGAGUUGAAUUAUUCCAGGCUUGCUUUACUCAUGUCAAUGAAAGUCCUUCAAGUAAUAUUGUAGCAGAAAUAUUGGCUGCAAUGAAUGAAUUAACAAAUCAACUUCCUGAAGAUUCUAAUGAUCCAGUGAAUUAG